AUGUGUCCGGCAGGCCUCUCAUGGGAGGUGAGGGCAAACAGCCGCCACUACCACAAACACAAACAGAAGAAAUCCUUUUUAUGCUUCAGCUGGGGGCGUUAUGCGGACAAUGUCGUACGCAGCUACAAGUACUCCCCCCUGACCUUCCUGCCCCUGACACUGUUUGAACAGUUCCAGCGAGUGGCAAAUCUCUACUUCCUUCUCAUGGUGGUGUUGCAGUGUGUCCCUGCCAUCUCAUCCAUACCCUGGUACAUCACUAUCAUCCCGCUUCUCAUCGUACUCUCUGUGAGAGGGCUGAAAGACCUCGGCAACGACAUGGCAAGGAGACGCAGUGACUCUGAGAUUAACUCCCGACCCUGUGACGUACUCAUCUCCCAGAGUUUCAACACAGCACAGUGGAAGGACCUGUGUGUCGGAGACGUACUUCGGAUCCACAAAGACCAAGUCAUCCCUGCGGACUUUCUCCUCCUGUGUAGUUCAGAGCCUCACAGUUUGUGUUAUGUGGAGACAGCGGACAUCGAUGGAGAGACCAACCUCAAGUAUCGGCAGGCGCUCAGUGCCACACAUGCCGAGCUCACCUCUCACCCCUCAGAGGAGACCCUUGCUGCCUUUGAUGGUGUUGUGCUCUGUGAGGAACCCAACAGUCAACUGUACACCUUCAGAGGCCAGCUGCACUGGCGAGGAGAGUGUCAUCUGCUGGACAAUGAGCACAUCCUGCUGAGGGGAACAGUCCUACGUAACACGGAGUUUGCUUAUGGCUUGGCCAUAUACACUGGCGCGGACACUAAGAUCCUGAGGAACUGCGGGAAGCUGAGAGUGAAGAUGACGCAAACGGAAAAAGUUUUCAACAGAGUGGUGAUCGGGAUAGUCCUGUCCGUGCUGCUGGCAGCUCUGCUUCUUGCCAUCGGCAGCGGCGUGUUUUUGAGUCGGGUCAUGAGCCAGACAGGGGUUCUGUCUGCUCUGGUUGUUAACGGCAAUCCAGUCUACACCGGGUUCCUAGUCUUCUGGAGCUACAUCAUCCUGCUCAGCCCGGCCAUGCCCAUGGCCCUCUACAUCUCGUUUGAGCUGAUCCACACGGUCCACAGCCUGUUUAUUGGCUGGGAUAUAGAGAUGUAUUGGCAGCAGGCAGACAGACCGGCCGAGGCCAGGAAUACCUCGCUGAACGAGGAGCUCGGCCAAGUGGGAUACCUGCUGAGUGACAAAACUGGGACGUUAACUCAGAACCGUUUGCUCUUCAGACAGUGCUGCAUAGCUGGGGAGAUAUAUGGUAACAAUAAAAUGCCACUCAUUCUCUGUCUCAUGAUUUUCCACCCACCCAUGGACCUAAGCUGGAAUCCGUUCUCCUGCGGUGGCCUGUUCAUGUCGGCUCCCAGCCUGGUGGAGAAACUCAGAGGACAGCAGUGUCCACUCAGCAGACAGUUCCUCACAGCACUGUCUUUGUGUCACACUGUCAUGGCAGAGUGGAAGGAGGGUGAGCUUGUGUUUUACCAGGCUGCAUCCCCAGAUGAGGAGGCUCUUGUUGGUGCAGCCAGGGAGCUGGGCUGGGUCUUCCUUUCUAGGACAAGAGACUUUAUCGUUGUCUCUGAGCUGGGUGUUACUCGACAAUAUCAACUGCUGGCACUGCUGGACUUUACCAGCAAGAGGAGAUGCAUGUCUGUACUGGUUCGGGAGCCAGAGGGUGGGUUAAAGCUGUACUGUAAAGGGGCGGACAUAGUGAUCCUGGAGAGACUGCAGAAGGACUUUCCAUAUCAGGAAAGGACUGAAAGAGCACUUGAGCUGUUUGCUCAGUCCUGUCUGCGGACUUUGUGCGUUGCGGUUCGAUCUGUUCCUGAGGCAUCGUGGGAACAGUGGAGUAAAGCUCUGGCCCAGUCUGCUGCCAUGGCGACCUGUGACCGUGAUGCACUGCUGGAAAAGCUAUAUGAUCAGAUGGAGAGAGAGCUGCAGCUUCUGGGGGUGACAGCUAUAGAGGACCGGCUACAGGAAGGCGUUCCUGAGACUAUUGCUCUGCUUCAACAGGCUGGGCUUAAAGUAUGGGUACUGACUGGAGACAAAAAAGAGACUGCAGUGAACAUUGGAUAUUCUUGCAAACUGCUGGAUCCUGAUACCAGAUUACUGGAAUGGCAGGAGCUGAGACAGAUACUCCAGGCCCCAGACCCAGGGGUCAGUUUCUUCAAGGCCAGACAGACAGAGCUGUGGGCUGUAGACAUGGAGAAGGCUAGAGCUAAGACUGCUGUGGUCCUCACUGGACCUGAGCUGGCAGAGUUUGAUCAGAGACCAGAAUGGGGGGCCACUUUCAUGAGCCUGGCAGAACAGUGCCAGUCAGUGCUAUGCUGCCGUGUAACACCUGGACAGAAGGCCGACAUCGUCACGUUGGUCAGGAAACACACCAGCUCACUCACCAUAUCCAUCGGGGACGGUGCCAAUGACGUAAACAUGAUCAAAACGGCUCAUGUUGGUGUGGGCCUGGCAGGAGUGGAGGGAGGUCAGGCAGUGCAGAAUGCAGACUUUGCAUUGUCCCAGUUCAGGUUUCUGCAGAGGCUUCUACUGAUCCACGGGCGCUGGUCAUACAGGCGCAUUUCCCUCUUCCUGCGCUACUUUCUGUUUAAGACCUGCGGCUUUGCCCUCGUGCACGUAUGGUUUGGUUUCUUCAGUGGCUUCAGUGCUCAGUCUCUGUAUGAGACAUGGUUCAUCGCUCUCUACACAGUCUUCUAUACAGCGUCCCCAGUUAUGUGUGUGGCGGUCUUUGAACAGGAUACAAGCGCAGAAAGCAGCCUGAAAUUGCCGGAGUUGUACAAGUCUGGACAGAGAAACGAGCUCUCCAGCCCUCUGAUGCUUUCCUUGUCGCUCCUGUAUGCUGUCUACACUUCGUUCGUCCUCUUUUUCAUCCCAUUUGGAGUUUUUUACAACACAGCCUUUGACUACCAGACGAUGGCAGUCACUGUUGCCAUGGCAGCCACGUUUACUGCCACAAUUGAGAUUAUGCUGCUGACCAGAUACUGGACGAAGUUCAAUAUAGCAGCUGUAUGUGUCUCUUUGGUGCUUUUCUUCAUCUUUACCAGGAUCACCCACAGCACCCACCUGUUUCAGAGAUCACCGAGCGACUAUUACUUUCUCGGCGUGUCUGAUAAGGCCUUUGUCAAUCCAGUUGUGUGGCUCACAGCUCUGCUCACUGCCUGGACGGCUGUUUUGCCUUCAGUGACCGCUCAUGCCCUCAAUGUCAUCCUCACCAUCCAUGGCAAACACAAGGUCCAGAGCGUGUCGCAUCAGCCGGUAGAGCUGAAGUCAAAGUUCAGAAGAGGGACCUCUCUCCGCCGUUCCUCUUAUGCCCUGUCUCAGGGAGCCGGGCCUGGACGCCUGAUAGCCUCUGGGACCUGCAUCCACAGCACAGCAUCACCAGUGGAUGAGAAGGUAACAGAAGAGGGAGAGCACAGUGUGACUGGGGGUGUCUACAUCAGCCCCAAUGGCAACCUGUUCGAUCCCACAGUGAAAUGA